AUGCCAGAGUAUCUUCCGCUCCCGUUGGAUGGCCUUGAACAGGGCCCGAAAAAGGCCAAAAUAGUGCAGGGGUGGCCAGAUGGACCUAAGCGCUUGCAGUCCUCGUACAGGAACUUCUUUUGGGACAACUUUGGCAACUUUCUGGCCAUCCUCUUCUCUCUAUUUGUUAUGGUAUACGCUGGCCUCGUGCGGCAUUUUGAUUCUGUCAGGCUUGAAGACCUACCGUAUGAUUUCCUCAGAGAGGUCGCCAAUCUGGGGCCCUCCGUGUUUCCCAUAGCUUUUGCUGCUGUGGUCGCAAAAAAUCUGCGAACUAUCUCGCUUUGGCAGCUGGAGAAAGGGCAAGGAGUUGGUGUUUUAGAUCAACUCCUCGGCAGCACUUCCGUCCUCAGCACAAUCAUCACGCAGUUCCAACUGAGGGCGUACGGGCCCGUAGGGAUCAGUUUGAUAUUCCUUUGGAUAAUCUCACCACUUGGCGGUCAAGCAACGCUCCGGAUCCUGGACCUGAAGCACCAAGUCGACAACACGUCGAUAUCGAUCAACUACCCGACGAUGAACUACACCGCCGCCUUCGACCCCGGAUACGCGUCCGACAGCUACGCCCUCUCUUCCAAAACGACCUUCUUCACCGCCGCGAUCAUGAGCCCCGCCUCGGUCAAAAACUCCAGCGUCGACCUCUGGGGCAACGUCAAGAUCCCCUCUCUCGAAGCCCUCCUACUCACCAGCGCCGAUGCCCCCGCCGACCCCGCCUCCUGGAUCACCGUCCCGCCCAACGCCUCCUACUCCUCGCUCGUCGGCAUCCCGCUCGGCAACGUCCCGCGGCUGUCCGGCGCGAGCAUGUACGUCGAGCUCAACACAUCCUACUGGACCGUCGCAUGCCAAAACCUCACUACGCAGCCGCGCUUCACCGCGCUACGCGACAACGACGCGUGGUUCGGGCCGCCGAUCGACGAGUUCCCGGGGGCGACGAGCGUGGUGGCGACGGGCAAGCAGGCGGGGACGCGGCAGCGGCUGCUAUACGAGAGUCGGACGGGCAACUGCACCGAGGGCGAGGCGGGCUGCGUGCUGCACGCCGAGUGCACGUACGCGCCGACGUUCCUGGCCGUCGGGGUCAACUGCACCGAGGAGACGGUCUCGGUGCUGCGUAUACGGAACGCUAGCAGUAGCGACGACGCGUUGACGGCGGCGCAGCGCGACGCGCGUGCUAACCUCGUCGGCGAGAACCUCUGGCUCUUCGCAAAGUUCUUCACGACGGCCUUCAACUCGCCCAACCCGCUCAGCAGCCUGCAGUACUACCUGCAGGACCCGGACCGGCCGUGGAGCGCCGACGACAACGGCACGACGGCGCUCCGUACUGCCGAGGACGUGCCGCCCGCCGUCUUCGCGUUCCGCCUCGAGCAGCUGAUGAACAGCUUGUGGGCGUCGCUGAUCAUGGACUAUUUGCUACCCGUCGGGCGUGUUGCUGACCUGGCCGCCCACACGGAUCAGGUCGGCAACCGCACUGCUGAGAUCGCCGUCAGCCGCGACGCGACGGUGCAGGCCGGCUACCAGGCGCUGCGCUGCGACCUCGGCUGGCUGGUCGUCGUGUUCGUGGCGGCGCUCGUCGUCUUCGCCGUCAGUGCGGCGGGCAUCGUGCUGGGCUUCGUGACGACGGUGCCGGAGCUGCGGAUGAAUGCGUCGACGAUGGUGCGGUUGAGUCCGUAUGCGGGCGAGGUGUUGGCGGCGGGCGGGACGACGCUGGGGGACGGCGAGAGGGGCAGGUUGCUGAAGGGAGUCAGGGUGAGGUUGGGGGAUGUGCAGCCGGAUGAGCAGGUGGGGAGGAUCUCGGUGGCUGCGAAACCGGUCGUUGGAACCAUCUCCUUGAAGCACUAUUCGUGA